AUGGGUUGGUUCGGUUCAGACAAGCCCAACGCCCCCGAGGCACCCAAAGCAUCCGGCGACGGAGGUUUCAUUGCGCCUGACCGUAACAAGCGUGCACACUGCUGGGAAGCUCGCGACGCCUACUUUGCCUGCCUCGACAAGAACAACAUUAUCGACAGUGUGAAGCAGUCCGAGAAGGCAGAUAGUCUCUGCGCCCCAGAAUCGGCCAAGUUUGACCAGAACUGUGCCUCGAGUUGGGUGCAAUAUUUCAAGAAGAGAAGAGUCAUGGAGUACCAGCGCGACCAAACACUCAAGAGACUACAAGGCGAAGGUGCCAGCGACAUUGCCGUCCAGCAACAGUAA